AUUUAGGUCCUUUUGCUAUCUAGCUUCACAACAUUUUCCCUGCAUAAGGCUAAACAUUAUUAGACCCGAAAUAAACUAAUAUACAGUUAUAUUUCCAGAUGAAGAAGACUUGAUCGCAGGUGUUGUCGGAUGCAGGCAGGUGCUGUGAUCAGGAGCAGUGGGCAGGACUGCAGGUAUGGACACCUGGACGCCCAAUCCAAGAGCCAAACCCUUCAUCCCCCGCCAGCACCGCAGCCUCUACCUCACCUGGAAAUACAGACUCUCCAACAAAAGAGCAGUACGGCGAAUCUGUCAGGCCAGUGCCGCCCUGUUUCUUCUGAUUACAGUGAUUGUGAAUAUCAAACUCAUUAUUGAUACAAGGAGAGUUGCAAGUGAAGAGGAUGCUGCUCAAGAUUAUGAUGAUGCUCUGCUCAACAUUGAAACCCCACGCAGACCAGCAAGUGGGAGGAAGGUUUUAGAUAUUGAGGUGUAUUCUAGUCGCUCUAAGGUGUAUGUGGCAGUGGACGGCACAACAGUGCUGGAGGAUGAGAUGAGAGAGCAAGGCAGAGGCAUCCAUGUUAUAGUUCUCAAUCAGGCCACUGGUCAUGUAAUGGCCAAAAGAGUGUUUGACACUUAUUCUCCCCAUGAGGAUGAAGCCAUGAUCCUCUUCAUCAACAUGGUCACACGUGGCAGAGUCCUCAUCUUCACUAUCAAGGAUGAGGGGACUUUCCACUUAAAGGAUGCUGCCAAGAACCUUUUGAAAGGUUUAGGGAGUCAGGUGGCUGUCACCUUAAGCUGGAGGGACAUGUGGACUCUGGUUGUGAAGAAGGGAGGUCAAGUGUAUGGCGAAAAGCACUCCAAGUCUCCUGCUCUCUCUACAUGGGGUGAUCCUGUGCUGCUGAAGACUGAGGUCCAGCUCACUGCUUCUGAAGAGGCAGAGUGUCAUUGGGCAGACACAGAGCCGAAUCAUAGGAGGAAACUCUUCUGUAGUAAAGUGGAAGGCUAUGGGAGUAUUUGUAGUUGCAACGAUCCAGCACCUAUAGAGUUCAAUCCUGAUCCACUGCCUAAUAACAAUCUCUACAACAUCCCAGUUGCAGUUAUAGCUGGAAACAGACCAAACUAUCUCUAUAGAAUGCUGCGCUCUCUCCUUUCAUCCCAUGGCGUCAAUCCACAGAUGAUCACUGUUUUUAUUGAUGGAUACUAUGAGGAACCCAUGGAUGUGGUCGAACUUUUUGGUCUUAAAGGAGUUCAGCAUACUCCUAUCAGCAUCAAGAACGCUAGAGUGUCACAGCACUACAAAGCCAGCUUGACUGCAACCUUCAGUCUGCAUCCAGAUGCAGAUUUUGCCAUUGUCCUUGAGGAGGACCUGGAUAUUUCCAUAGAUUUUUUCAGCUUUCUCAGUCAGACCAUUCAUUUGUUACGUGAGGAUGACAGUCUUUAUUGUAUCUCGGCCUGGAAUGACCAAGGCUAUGAGCACACAGCAGAGGACCCGUCUUUGCUCUACAGAGUAGAAAGUAUGCCUGGUCUUGGCUGGGUGCUUAAAAAAAGCCUUUACAAGGAUGAACUGGAACCAAAAUGGCCCACUCCUGAGAAGCUGUGGGAUUGGGACAUGUGGAUGCGGAUGCCGGAACAGAGAAAGGGGAGAGAGUGUGUCAUACCCGAUGUCUCUCGCUCCUAUCACUUUGGUAUCGUUGGCUUAAACAUGAAUGGUUACUUUCAUGAAGUUUACUUUAAAAAGCACAAGUUCAACACAAUUCCGAAUGUUCAGAUGAAGAAUGUAGAUAGCUUGAAGAAAGAUGCUUAUGAAAUUGAAAUUCAAGAUCUCCUACGUGAGGCAGAGGUCUUGGACCACAGUAAAAAUCCAUGCGAUGACUCAUUUAUCCCAGACACUGAGGGAAAGACUUUUGUGAUGUUCAUCAAAAUGGAGCAAGAGACAGACACAAACACCUGGACAGAACUGGCAAAGUGCCUGCAUUUGUGGGACCUGGAUGUACGAGGUUAUCACAAAGGACUGUGGAGGCUCUUCAGAAAAAGGAACCAUGUCCUAGUGGUAGCUGUUCCAAUUUCACCCUACUCUAUUAAGAAGCCCAAUAAUGUCACUCCCAUUCACCUGGAGCCUGCACCAAAAGAGGAUGGACCUCCUGUGGAUCAGAUUUAGAACAGUCCUAAUCCCACCCAAGGGCAUUUUCUAACCACUGACAGACAAGGCCUAUGUCAGGCUGAUACUGGGACUUCUGUUACUGUUCAGGCCAUUGGAAGACAACAAAGUGGGUGAGCCCUUGGAUGAAUCAUCUGGUGCUGGUAGCUUUUUGAACUACAGGUUCUUUUAAACUAGAAUGAUAUGAGUUUGGAUUUCUUAAAAUGGUAUGUAACGGAACUUUCCCUUGUUGUUGGUGUGUGUUGUGCACUGGAAGCGGUUCCUGAGGUCAUGAUAUUAAUAUGUUUUUAUACUGGGAGGUUAAAGGCCAGUGCUGUUUGAGUUACUGAAUGUUACUGGAGAUUUUCAAAUCAGGAUGCUGCAAAAAGGAAUUAGGAGGAUACGGCAGACGUAAGCAAUUUUUAUUUUUUUAACAACACUACUGAGUGCUUUGAGCAAUCCUGCACAUACUGUACAUUUGAACUCAUGUCUAUUUAUUGUCAAUAUCAAGAUAACUGGGUUUAUUUUUUUCAAUUAUUAUUAUUAUAACUUUUUUCCCCAAUUUGGAAUGCCCUAUGCGCACAAAGUCCUCGUGGUUUCGUAGUGACUCGCCUCAAUCCGGGUGUCGGAUGAGGAAUCUCAGUUGCCUCCACGUCUGAGACCAUCAAUCUGCACAUCUUGGCACGUGGCUUGUUGAGCACAUUACCGCGGAGACAUAGCGCAUAUGGAGGCUUCACAAUUUUCUCCGCAGCAUCCACACACAACUCACCACGUGCCCCAUGAGAGCGAGAACCACAUUAUAGUGACCACGAGGAGGUUACCCCAUGUGACUCUACCCUCCCUAGCAACCGGGCCAAUUUGGUUGUUUAGGAGACCUGGCUGGAGUCACUCAGCACGCCCUGGAAUCGAACUUGCGACUCCAGGGGUGGUAGUCAGCGUCAAUACUAGCUGAGCUUCCCAGGCCCUGGGUUUAUUUUUUUUCUUAACAAAUUUGCUUUACACAAAAGCAAUAGGCUACAUUAAGAAACAAAAAGUUGAUUUGUUUACUGAUAACUUUGUACAGACAUAUAUUUUUAGAACAAAUAUUGUCAUCAUAUUUGUGAGUAUUCAUUUUCAAAUGUUUUGGGUUUUAUUAAUUAAAGGAGCUCAUUAUUAACUGAGAUCCUACAAGCAGUAUUCCCAAACUACACAUGAUUACCUUAAAGCAAUAUUUCACCAAAAAAAAAUAAAAUUCUGUCAUAAUUUGCAUCUUUUUUAAAGAAAUAAAUUAUUUUUUAAAGGGACUAUCCCUUUAAUUGGGCAGCACACUUUACAUAUUUAAAAGCAAACAAAGUAGUUUCUAGUCAGAAAAGAAAAGAUAAAUAAUAUAAUAAAGAAAUAAUUGGCUUUUUUUAAAAAUAAUAAUAAUAAAAAUGGUUAAAAUAACGAUGUGCUAUGAUAGCGAUCCAGCAACAGCUUUAAGAAUCCUCUUUUCCAGAAAACCUGAGGUGAUGCUUGCUGCUUGGGUGAGAAGAUCUAUGCACCCACACAGUCACUAAAGAGCCUUAGGAACGGUGGGAGGAGUUGAACACUUGAAAUCAAUGCGAUCUUCGCUGCAUUAUAGAUCUGUACUGUGUUAACAUGUUGCUGUAUGUGAGGAUAAUUGUGAAGUAUUGAUUUAUGUAGUAAUGUCCAAAUUAUUUCAUUGAAGAGAUUUCAAAUAGGAGUGUUGUGGGUUUCUGGAGUGUGUUUUUUUUUUUUUUUUUUUUAAGAUUUAAUGGUCCGUUCAAAUUUGUUUUUUUUGAUGCCACUAAAUAUUAUCAUAGUAUCUGGAACAUGUGCAAUACCUGAAAUGUUUAUCAUCUCCAAUAUCAUUGAUCUUUAAGAUGCAGAAGUUCUAAUAUGUUUAUUAAAUUCUACAACAGGCUUCUUGCUUAGUUUUGUAUAUUUAAGUAGUUGAAAAAUGGUUUGUUUUUUAUAUCAAAUAAAAAAAAUCUUAAUCUUUUCUCUCUCUUUUUUUAUUAUUUUAUUUCCUUGUUCAUAUGUUACUUUAGUUUAAAAUCCAUUUGAUCCAAUUCAACUCCGGCAUGUAGUAAUUUGU